GCUCACCUCGGCACCCCGGACCUGAGUCGCUCCUCCACUUAAGGAAUUCCCUCCUCUCCGAGCCAAGAACCUCUGCCCCCCCCCCGCCCCUUUCUGUGGCCCCACAUCCUCCUUAGCCCGGAGACCCUUCCUACAUUUCUUCCGUGGUGCUUUGAUACAGGACACUUUCUGUUUGUCUGCUUGUUUUCUCCGCUUUUCUCUUUGUUGCUCUAAAACCGGUCUCGCUGAAGCCCCCCACCCCGGAGGAAGUUCGACUUCUGGAGCAAGGCGGCUGCGGCGGACUGCACCGGCUUCCCCAGCAGACCCGCCGGCUGCACCCACCUCGCCCGCCUUAUCCGCCGCCUGCGUUCGUUCGCCCGAGGAAGCCAGCCAAGAAUUCAUUGAUGCACCCUUUCCAGUGGUGUAACGGGUGUUUCUGCGGCCUGGGACUGGUCAGUACCAAUAAGUCCUGUUCGAUGCCACCCAUCAGUUUCCAGGACCUCCCCCUCAACAUCUACAUGGUCAUCUUUGGCACAGGCAUCUUUGUCUUCAUGCUCAGCCUCAUCUUCUGUUGCUAUUUCAUCAGCAAACUCCGGAACCAGGCACAGAGUGAACGAUAUGGAUAUAAGGAGGUGGUGCUUAAAGGCGACACCAAGAAGCUACAAUUAUAUGGGCAGACCUGUGCAGUCUGUCUGGAAGACUUCAAGGGCAAGGACGAGUUAGGCGUGCUGCCAUGCCAGCAUGCCUUCCACCGGAAGUGUCUGGUGAAGUGGCUGGAAGUGCGCUGUGUGUGCCCAAUGUGUAACAAGCCCAUUGCUGGCCCCUCGGAGGCCACCCAGAGCAUCGGAAUCCUCUUGGAUGAACUGGUGUGAGUGCGGCCACACGCAAGCCUGGAGAAGUUCUGGUGUCUGCCUGGUCCCUCUGCACAGCUACAGUGAACCAGACUGUUGGGGAGUGAUGGUCAUGCUCACCAGCAGGGAGGCAGUUCAGGGCUGGCCUCCCACCUCCAGGGUGAGACCAGGUUCUCCCCACUUUCCUGCCUCUUGAGGCUGCCUUCCCUGUGACUCAGCCAUCAAGCCCACACUGUACCUGGUACUGGACUGUCCACUUGCCUUGCCCCUGCUCUAAGAAAGGAGAGUCACCCCAACCUGAUCAAGAACUUGGGGUACACCCAUGGAGGGAUUCCCUUAGGAGGAUAAGCUACCCUGAUGUAGAGGAAGGGAUGAUACGGUCUCUCGGCUUUUCCUCUCCUCCCCACUUCAUCCACGGGAAUGUUAAAAAGGGAAGAACCUGGUGCUGCCAGUGGAAGUGAGAGAGGUUCUCUGGGGAACUGGGAAGUAUGGGGACAUCCAAAAGGGAAGCCAGUGUUUACAGGGACCUAAGGAAACAAAGACUGGCCAGCGGCCUGCUGACCGGGGUGGUAGAGGGCAAACCCGUCCUCCCUGCCAGAGUUUGAGGUGCUAUUCAUCCAUUCAUCCUCUUCCUCGGUAAACUCCAGAGCUUCCUAUUCCAUGGGGUUCGAUUCUCCUUUCGAGGAAGGAUGGACAUGCAAAUGGAUGCCCAGGGGCAUUCUCUAAAGAAAUAAGAGGGGCUGGGGCCGGGGGUAUCUGAAGGUUAAUGUAGCAACAGAUACUUUCUUUCCCUUUGUAAAUAUUAUUUUUAUACUUCAUCCUCACCAUCUCAGGCUUUGUACAUGGAGUCCCCAAACAGUGGGUGGAGGUUUUCUGUUCCUCCCUGUGUGGGGUGAGGGUAGGGGGAAAGUAUGUAUUUAAAGACAA